AUGGGUGCGCCAAUUAGCCAUCCACCCCUUCCAACUCCCAGUCCUGCCAACUCCGCAGAGAACGGAGCUUCAUCCAAUGCGCCAACCGCUUUUCCAACGCCACUAAGUGACCUGUAUUUGGCAUGUAAAGAAAAUCGAGUAGAAGAUGUUGAACGACUUCUGCAAACAGCAACGUUAGAGGACAUUAAUCGAAUCGAACCACUUGGAAGUACGGCAUUACAUGCAGCUUCGUUCUAUGGCCAUGAGAAAAUAGUCAAACUUUUGCUCGACCACGGCGCCCUACGCACAAUUAAGAAUGGAUAUCACUUAACACCGUUCCAUGAGGCAAAAACGCCCGAAAUUAGAAAGCUGUUCGAGCGCACACCACAGUCAAAAAGGUUCGGGAGUUUAUCAACAGCAGUCGAAUGGAAUGUUAUCGAUCCAACUGCUGCUAAAAGUGUCAGUGAAUACAAGGAAACUCGCAAGAACUGGUUCGAUGAUGUCUGUGCUGAUGACGAUGUGCUAUAUUUACAAGAAAUCAAACAAUACACUCACAAAAAAUUUGCAGAUGCCAAGAAGAUUGAUCAGGUUUAUCAUCUAAUCGACCAAGCUAUCGAACAAAAAGAUCUUCGUCUAGCAGUGAAAAUAUAUACGUUACAAACAGGUUUUUACACCGCGUUGAACAUGGCGCUCGCAUCCAACAAUUCUGUACAAUUCGCAGAAAACAAUGCCGAAAGCCAAGAUGAAUAUUUCAGUUAUUGGCAUGGCCCUGGUGGAUAUGCUGCUCUGAUAGCUCAUCAUUCGAUUUUCAAAGAAUAUUCAUUCGUCGGCAAAGCCUAUCGCGGUAUGAUAAUGCUGGGUGCAGAUAUUAGUGAAUACAAAGUUGGUUCAUUGCUCGUUAACAAAGCAUUUUUAUCAACAUCUACCGAUCGGGACAGGGCCAAGGAUUUCACCAAAUCAUCUGCAAGAAUAAAUGGAGAUUGUAAAACUGUGGGAAUAUAUCCAACAGUUUGUAAAUAUAGAAUAAAGAAUCCUGGCACUGCAUUUGAUAUUUCCGAAAUAUCAGAAUUUCCAGACGAAAAAGAAGUGUUGAUUAUGCCGCGUACAGCCUUUCGAGUUGUAUCGAUUAAAGAAAAACGAUCAUUUAAUGCUCCACUGGAAAUACAAAUCGAAUUACAUGAAUGUGCAUUGGAAAAGUUUGUUGAUAUCUACGAAUCAAUUAAUCCGGAAGAUCCUUAUUCUUAA